AUGUGCCAUGGCAAAAGAGGAGGGGCCCAUGGCAGACUCGCCUGGGAACAAUUGAGGCUAGUCGACCAUGGGAAGUCUUGGCCAUGGAUUUUACAGUGCUUGAGCCUGCUAGAGAUGGGAAGAAAAAUGUUAUUGGCAAUAAUAGAUGUGUUCAGCAAGUUUGCUUUAGCUAUUCCUACCAAGAAUCAGAAGGCAACCACCGUAGGUAAAAUCUUAGUAGAGGAAAUUUUUAACCGGUUUGGGUGCCCAGAGCAAAUUCAUAGUGAUCAAGGCAAGAAUUUCGAAGGGCAGCUAGUGCAAGAGUUGUGCAAGCGCUAUCAAGUGAACAAGUCCCCGACUUCCCCAUAUCAUCCUCAGGGUAAUGGGGUAUGUGAGCGGUUCAAUCGUACCAUGCAUGGCAUGUUGGCUACUUUGUGUAAAGAGCAAAGGGAGCAGUGGCCUAGGUAUUUAUCUAGCCUGACUGCCAUCUACAACAGCACACCACAUGCUGUGACUGGAUUCUCACCACACUAUCUGGUGUUUGGGGUGGAGCCUUAUCUUCCUAUGGACCGGUUCACAGUGGGGUACGGACGAGGCUGCUAUUACCCACCAUCAGUGAGACCAGAGGAUGAACAAGGUUAUGAGAAAGUGCUACAUGGGAGUAAUCUGAGACCCUUGAGAGCAGGGUAUUGUGAGGGUUCAUCUGAACAGCAACAACAGGACAAGGGGCCUCAGCAUGUAGAGGGCGGGCAAAUUUCAAAGGAAGAUGAGGAGGGAAAGCAAGUGGAUGAGGAAGAAGUAGAGAUGCCUGAUAUGACCGAGGUGUUGCGACGGUUUGGGUUUGAUGAUGGGUCCCCAUCCAGGGUGGAGGAAGACAGGAAUGAUUUGACCACAAUACCAGAGUGUGAGAAGAUAGAAGAAGCAGGUCAGGAGAGGGAGGAGGAUCAAGUGAUUAGGCCGGAGUGUGAACAGGCUGGGGAGGAAACAAGUCAGAAAAAGGAGACUAAUUAG